GGGUGGAAGGAGUAAGCCAGCAGCUGGCCGCCCGGUGUAUGUGUGGGAUUGAAGGGGAGCGAAUGGCUCGUGCAGUUCUGGGUGUUUGAUCCGAGCAGCGUCUGUUUCUGUUUCCCGGCAAUCCGACACCAUCCGCGCCUUAAACAUGGAGCUCCGGCCCACAGGUUCGCUCCGGAGGAACCCGACAUGUUUGUAGCGACUCAUGCCAACUGAAUUGAUCAGUUUUUUAAAACCACACCGUCACUUUUUGGCCUUUUCCCCUGCCAGUGAUUUCGGGGAUUUAAACGUUAAGUGGCGGUGAAGCUGAAGACCGGAGCGGCGGCGGCGGAUUCUCUCUCUCGCUUUUUUUUUUUCCUCUCCUUCAACUCUGAAGCUUCGCGCCGUCCGUUUAACAACCGUUUGAUCAGCGCGUGCUUCCCACACGCCGAGUACGGAUUAAGUGCGCACUACAUAGGGUCCCUGCUGAGUCUCUAACGAAGAGAUAAACAUCACUGAUUCACAGUUUGGCAGGCAGGUUCGAGAUCCCCCUCAUGCAGAACCACGGGAAAUGAAUAAACCGCCUCAGCCUAUCACAGGACCGCCCUCUGCCCCUCACCCCGCCCCUUCACCCGGACUGACGCAGGCUGUUUAUCCCCCUGGUCAGCCUGCCUCUGUUGUUUUUGCCACUCCGCCUCCACCAAUGAGCUCUGCACCUCAACCCAGACAGUCAUAUUACCCCCGGGGCAAUUUACAGAGUAACACCCCACGGGUGGCGACCAGUAACCCGCCACGCCCCGUCCCGCCCCCUCACGUCUACCCCUCGUCCUCGCAGAUGGUGAUGAUCCCCCAGCAGCAGCUCCCGUUCCCGCCCAACUCUCAGGGCCACACCUACUUCAUUCAGUCUGGACAGUACCGCGCACCGUACGUUCACCAGACGCAGCAGUAUUCGGUGGCCAGCGCACCGACAGGCUUUUACCCCGGAACCAACCCUGACUACAGCUCCACGUAUGCUGGAGCGUAUUAUCCUGCUCAAGCUCAGUACCAACCUUCAGUGCCCACCGCACCUGUGAUGAUGAACCCUGCCCAGCAGCAACAGGCUCCACCUCCUCAGCAGCAAGUCCCGCCCCAACAGCACAAAAGGGAGCGCAAACAGAUUAGAAUACGGGACCCGAAUCAGGGAGGACGUGACAUCACGGAAGAGAUCAUGUCUGGAGGAAGGACCACGUCUACGCCCACACCUCCUCAGUCUGUAGGUGUCGAAGUCAGCAGUUCUGCCCAGACAAACGGUGAAAAUGUGACUCCUGCAGCUGUUGCUCCGGUCAUCCGAUUCGAUGAUCAUGUGAAGUCCUCGAGCCCUGCGGCUCGUGCCUCGCCCACUCCGCCUUGUUCAGAUCCUACCCCCGAGCCUAAGUCCGUCCCGGAUAUCCUCGCUGCCCCGGCGGUUCCAGUGCCUCCAGGACAAAGCGAAGACGCUGUUUCCACCCCCUCUCCAUCCUCAUCACCUGCUCCUACAGCUCUCCCCACAGAGCCCACAACGAGUGACUGUGUGGACACCCCUGUGCUUCCUGAAACCACACCCCAAAAGGAGGUGGAGGAGGAAGAGGAGGAGCCUAACUCCGCCCCUGCUGAACAGUCCUGUGUUCACGUUGAAAAUGCUGAGCCAGAAAAGGAGACCGAGCCAUGCAUCGACACGCCACUCCCUGACUCCGCCUGUAUUGUUGUGCCUGCCGAGGAGGACACGCCUCCUGCAGCAGCAACCAACGGGGAGACGGACUCUCACGAUGUCGAGCUCACCCCAACGGCCACACCCAUUUCUGAGCCUGAGAUCAUCCCGGUGGUCAACGGUCUGCCUCAGGAACCUGAAGAGCUGCAGGAUGAGAAACUCGAGGCAGAACCGGAGCUGAUCGCUGAGCCUGAAGCAGCUGAGGUUCAGGAAAUUGAUGCAAAAACAUCUGCAGAAGAGGAGGAAGAGGAAGAGGAGGGGAGAGUGGAGGAAGAGCCCGCUCCUGCUGAGGAGACGACUAUGCGUGCUGUUCCAUCCGUGCCAAAGAAGAAAAAGCUGAAGAAAAGUGAUUUGAAUAAUAAAGCUGUCGGAGACGUGUUGGAUGCCUAUAAAGAGCCGGAGGAGAAGGAGCUCACUCCUGACCCGGCUCCUGUUGAGGUCCAGCCCUCGGAACCUCAUCCUGCUCCCUCUCCCUCCCCUGAGGAGAUGGAAGAGACGUGGGAGGAAAAAGAGGACAAACUGGAUACCGAGAACAUCGAACCCGAGACGGCAAAACCUGUGGAGCAGAAAUAUCAAUAUAAAGAGGAGCACUGGAAGCCCAUUAAUCCAGAGGAGAAGAAGCAGUACGAUCGGGAAUUCCUCCUGCGCUUCCAGUUCAUCAGUGUGAGCAUGCACAAACCCGAGGGUCUUCCGCACAUCACUGACGUUGUUCUGGACAAGGCUAAUAAAACACCGCUGCGGCCGUUGGACCCGAGCCGCCUGAUGAACUGUGGGCCAGAUUUCACGCCUUCAUUCGCUAAUCUGGGCAGAGCUCCACUUUUAGGAGGACGAGGACCUCCCCCAGGGCCGCGGCGGUCUCAGCCGGGUCAGCGCAAAGAGCCACGCAAAAUCAUCGCCAGCGUGUCUCUGAACGAUGACGUGCAGCUGAACAAGGCUGAGAAAGCCUGGAAGCCAGCGGUGAAGAAGUCUCGCGCUGAUGAUGAUGACCCCGAAGCGGUCAAAACUCGGGAGCUGUUCCGGAGAGUGCGCAGCAUCCUGAACAAACUGACACCGCAGAUGUUCCAGCAGCUCAUGAAGCAGGUCACGGAGCUAACCAUUGACACCGAGGAAAGACUCAAAGGAGUCAUCGACCUGAUAUUCGAAAAAGCCAUUUCCGAACCCAACUUCUCCGUCGCUUACGCCAACAUGUGCCGCUGCCUUAUGGGGCUGAAAGUGCCCACCUCAGACAAACCGGGAGCCACUGUGAAUUUCCGUAAACUGCUGCUGAACCGCUGCCAGAAGGAGUUUGAGAAGGACAAGGACGAUGACGAGAUCUUCGAGCAGAAGCAGAAGGAGCUGGACGCUGCCACAGAGGAGGAAGUUCGGCAGCGGUUGAACGAGGAGCUGGAGGAAGCGAAGGACCAGGCCCGCCGCCGUUCCCUCGGCAACAUCAAGUUCAUCGGAGAGCUGUUUAAGCUGAAGAUGCUGACGGAGCCGAUCAUGCACGACUGCAUAGUCAAGCUGCUGAAGAACCACGACGAGGAGAGUCUCGAGUGCCUCUGCAGGCUCCUGUCCACCAUCGGCAAGGACCUGGACUUCGAGAAGGCUAAGCCCCGUAUGGACCAGUAUUUCCACCAAAUGGAGAAAAUAAUAAAAGAGAGAAAAACAUCAUCGAGGAUUCGCUUCAUGCUGCAGGACGUGUUGGACCUGAGAAGAAAUAACUGGGUUCCCCGGCGAGGUGACCAGGGCCCCAAAACCAUUGACCAGAUCCAUAAAGAGGCAGAACUGGAGGAACACAGGGAGCAGAUUAAAGUGCAGCAGCAGCUUUUGUCCAAGAAAGACUCGAGUCGAGGAAGAGGAGGCAGACUGAAUCAGCCUCAGGACGAGGGCUGGAACACGGUACCGAUCACCACCAAGAACCGGCCCAUCGACACGUCCCGCCUCAGCAAGAUCACCAAGCCUGGUGCUUUGGAUUUCAACAAUCAGCUGCUUGCUCCUGGAGGAAAGGGAUCAUGGGGCAGUUGGGGUAAAGGGAGCAGCGGUGGAUCUGGAGUCAAAACGAGCACCGAACAAGAUACAGGAAGGCCGACGACGAGCACCCUGAACCGCUUCUCAGCUCUUCAGCAGUCAGGACCUUCAUCCACAUCUGCACUGGACUCUGAGCGCAGAGUUCCUCAAAGGAGCAGCUCGAGUCGAGACCGCAGCGAGCGAGACCGGGAACGCUUUGAUCGAUUGGACCGCCGGGACAGCCGCGAGGACCGAGACCGGGGGCUGGACAGGACGCGUGUCCCCGUAACUAAGCGUAGUUUCAGCAGGGAGAGCGAGGACCGGUCUCGAGGCGGAGAUGUGCGCCGUGUCUCCAGCAUGACGGACGAGAGGGAACGCAGGAGCCGAGACCGAACCGCCAGCCGAGAGACCGCAGCGAAGCGUGAAACGGCUUCGACGCCACUGCCGGCUCCAAGCAAACCCGCCCUGAGCGAGGAGCAGCUGGAGAAGAAAUCCACCGCCAUCAUCGAGGAGUACCUGCACAUCAACGACCUGAAGGAGGCAGUACAGUGUGUGCAGGAGCUGAACAGCGCGUCUGUGCUCUUUGUGUUUGUGCGUAACGCCGUGGAGUCGACGCUCGAGCGCAGCACCAUCGCCCGAGAGCACAUGGGCCUUCUGCUGCACAAAUUAAUCAGCGCCGCCAUUUUACCUCCUGAGCAGUACUACAGAGGGCUCCGGGAGAUUCUGGAGGUGGCCGAUGACAUGGCCAUCGAUAUUCCUCACAUCUGGCUGUAUCUGGCGGAAAUCAUCACACCCAUGCUGCAGGAUGGAGGAAUCCCCAUGGGGCCGCUCUUCAGGGAGGUGGCGAAGCCGUUGCUGCCGUUUGGAAAAGCUGCUGUGCUGCUGGUUCACAUCCUCAACCUGCUCUGUAAAGGACUGAGUCACAAAAAAGUUGGCGCCCUGUGGAUUGAUGCCAGACUCAACUGGAAGGACUUCCUGCCCGAGGAUGAGGACGUCAACAAGUUUGUGACAGAACAGAAAGUGGAGUUUACGCUGGGGGAGGAGUCUGAGAAGCCGAGUAAGAAGGAGCUGAGCGCUGAGGAGCUGAGCAAGAGCCUCGAGCGACUGAUGUUGGACAAAGCCAACAACCAGAGGAUCCACGACUGGGUGGAGGCGAAUCUCGAUGAGCAGCAGAUGACCUCCAGCUCGUUCGUCCGAGUGCUGAUGACCUCCGUGUGCCAAGCGGCCAUCAUCUGCGAGAACCCGUAUAAGGUGGACGUGGACCAGAUUACCCAGAGGGCCAAGCUGCUGCAGAAGUACCUGGUGGACGAGCAGAAGGAGCUGCAGGCGCUUUACGCUCUCCAGGCUCUCAUGGUGCGACUGGAGCAACCGGCAAAUUUGCUGAGGAUGUUCUUCGACACGCUGUACGAUGAGGACGUGAUUAAGGAGGAAGCGUUCUACAAGUGGGAGUCCAGCAAAGACCCAGCUGAGCAAGUGGGCAAAGGCGUGGCUCUCAAAUCUGUCACGGCAUUCUUCACCUGGCUGCGAGAGGCUGAGGAUGAAUCGGAUAACAGCUAAAAACAAGAGUGCCCCCUUCAGCCCGGAAGCUGUACUGCGCUGAAGGAAAGGACUCCAAACUGUACUGAACUUUAAACUCAUGAAGACUCGAGACAGUUGAUGGACACCGACUACAAUCAUUGCUCCUCUUUUCUUCCCCCACCCUUUCAAUUUUGAAAAUAAAUAAAGGAUUUCUUUUCUGAGGGGGAAACACAAAUGAUUUUUAUGAUUUUGCUUUAUGGCAGCGUGCCACGGUUGACGAGGAUUUUUUAAUUUUUUUUUCUCUUUUUCUGGAGACAAUGCAACCUCCCCUCCCCCCAAGUGCUGCUCUUAUUAACCUGUCAGUGUAGAUUUAUACGCAGCGUUUGUAGACGAGGUGGUGACGUACAUGACGCUCUGGAGGCGAGCGAGAGAUCAGGCUGUGCUCUAGCUCUGCGUUAGGAACGCCUUUUCUCUCUCUCGUGUGUAUGUGAGAAAUGUUUUUUGUUUUUAACAUGUAAGAAGGAGGAUGCAGGUGAGGGUCGAGGAUUUACUGAUGGAGCUGGGGUUUCUUUUUUUUUUUUCCUUUCCCCCUUCCUGUUUGCUGUAAGAGCAGGCAUUGAUCAGAUCAGGGUUCAUGGGGAUGAACUUUGACCUUUAACCCUUUUUAGCUGCUGGAAAAGGGUCACCAUGCUUCCUUGUAAGUCUGCCCUGUGCCCCCCCCGGCCUUCAUGACAUUUCUGCUCCUUUUUAUUUUUAAUCUCUCGAGGGAGUUCCCCCUUGCAAAAGCCCCUCCACCCUGUUCAAGCAAAGCCUGCACCUUUUUUUCUUUUUUUUCUUUCUUUUAAAUAUAAGUAAUUCGUUACAGAAGAAAACUUGAAGACUAGACAAUAAAAUCACCUGAGACAGGAA